AUGACGCACCGCUGCAAGAAAUCCUCUGGUCUCUGGAAGAUGGUGGUGUGGGAUGAGCCUUUCUUCCAGGGCAAGAAGCACGAGUUCACCACCGACUGCUACAGCACCCCGGAGCACGGCUUCAGCACCGUCCGCUCCUGCAAGAUCGAGAGCGGGGCGUGGGCAGGCUUCGAGCACUGCGGCUUCCAGGGGCAGCAGUUCGUGCUGGAGCGCGGCGAGUACCCGUGCUGGGAGGCGUGGAGCGGCAGCAACGCCUACCACGUGGAGAGGAUGUGCUCCUUCCGCCCCAUCGCCUGCGCCGACCACGGACGGAGCAGGCUGAUGCUCUUUGAGGAGGAGAACUUCCAGGGCAAGCGGGCGGAGAUGAGCGACGACUGCCCCUCGCUGCCCGCCCUGGGCUGGGGCAGCAGCACCGUGGGCUCCUUCCUUGUCCGCUCCGGCGCGUGGGUCUGCUCGCAGUACCCGGGCUACCGGGGCUUUCAGUACCUCCUGGAGAGCGACAGCCCCGCGGGCGAGUACAAACACGUGCGGGAGUGGGGGUCCCACGCGCAGACGGGCCAGGUCCAGUCCAUCCGCAGGGUGCAGCAGUGAGCGCGGUGCCGUGUGAGCCGCGGGGACAAAGCUCAAUAAAGGCUCAGUUGUCCAAGGCGGCGCUGGCAGUUGGGGACAAGGGCCAUGGGGGUGCGUGGCCGGGAGUGGUGACACUGCCGGAGGCAGAGAGGGGCUCUGCAGCGGCAGGGAUGAGGCGGAGGGGAAUUUUUCUGCCCGGCAGAGAUGAGGUGGAGGGGAAUUUUUCUGCCCGGAGGUGCAGGGGUUCUGCAGGACCCCCACACCCCACCACCACACAGACACCAUCUGCUCCUCCAGCACCUGCCAGGGGCUGAGAGGAGCUGCAGGAUCAAGCAGUGUGCACCUAUCCCCGUGUCUAUGCACACCCUGUACCCAUCCCAGCACUCUCACCCAGCUGUACACACCCCUGCACCCAUCCCGGCACCCAUCCCUCACUCCCGCACACCCAGUGUGCAGCCAAAGCUGGAAAUGCAGCCGGGAAGGGCCGGUCUGGAAAAAUUCCUCAUUUCAGAAGAGCUCUGGAGGAAAUGUUUUAUGUGGUGAAAAUGUCCCAUCCAUGACAUUUGCAGCAGCAAGGCCACCAGGGGAGGGAAUGCUGCCCAGCAAGGGAUUCACUCCGCAGGAAAUCACAAUUAAAAAGGCUAAAUAGAAGCAGAAACAAAAAGUUGUGGGAUGGGCUGAAUGAAACCCUCCUGCGCCCCAGGGCAAACCCAUCCGGGGCCGGCAGCCAGAGAGACCCGAGGAGCGGAUCCUGUCACCCCUGCCCUGGGUACCCCUGUCCCUGCGCAGCUCCAGAGCCCUGGGGGGACGCGGGGGCCGGGAGCGGGGCCAGCACAUGGCCAGGCACGGUGGGCAGCUGGCGGCGACACCAGGGGUCCCCGGGGAGCCGGCGGGGACUCGGAGAACAAUGCGGGAGCCCAGCAGCUGCUCGGCGCUGCGGAGGGGCUGUCACCACCCCCGCGCGGGAGGGGAGCUGUCCUUGGACAGGGAUGUGUCCCCAGGCCGGGCUGGCCUGUCUGCCAUCCGUCCCCACCCCAUCUGUGCCACCAUGUCCCCAGGGAUGUGCCCGACAGCCCCUGCCCCGCUUGUCCCGCGUCCCCUGCGUCACACCCAUGGCUGUGGGGAGCCCGUGAUUUCACGGUGAGCGAUGCUUGGCAGAGGGUGACAGUGGCCUUGGCAGCGGCUGUCGUGGUAAAGGGGUCCCCAGGGUCUCCCGCAGCGGGAGCGGUGCGGGGAAAAGGUGACUCGGCCGCAUUUCCAGCAUUAAAAUUUAAUGCGAGUUGCAGCAUCCUCCUGCGCCGUAGGUAGGGCCGGGGGGGCCGGGGGCUGCUGGAGGAGGAGUUUGCUCGGCCGCCUCUUCCUCGGGGAUGCUCUGGGAAAGCUCCAGCACAAAGGAGCGGCGCGGCGGGCAGGAGCGAGCGGAACCGGCGCCCCCCAGCCCCAGCCCGGCCCCCGGGAGCAGAAUCCUCAUCAAGAAUAGGGCUCCUGCCAGGUAAAUGGAUUCUUGCCUGAUUUUCAAUGCUCCUGGGAGGAUUUGUAGCCAAAAUGCUGUUUUACUGCUUUGUCUCGAAGCCCCCGUUUUCUCCUAAAGCUGAUGAUCCCAGGCGGGGUUAGAGGCGAGGCUGGGGCCGGCAGCCUCAGGCACAGCCCAGCCCUUCCUCCUCCUCAGCCUUAACCUGGCAGAUGCUCUUCUUGCGGAGCCAUUUUCUCUCCCUCAUUGUCUCCCAGCCUUUUGUGUGUGUGGGUUGGUCCUGCCCUGGGAGCCAGGAGGAGCCCAGAAAUAAUCAGAUUUUCAGGGGUUGUGGGCUUGCAAGGAGCCUUUCACCCCCCUUUUCUGCCGGGCUGCCCAGCCCCAGAGCUGCAGACAAAGGCAGCAUUGCCUGGCACCCCUGCAGCAGCACCGGAGCCUGGGCAGUGCCAGAGCCUGGGCUCUGCUGGAUGGCAGCAAGGCUCGGGCAGAGCUGGCAGGGCACAGGGCCGGGGUGUCUGCCCACCCUGCCGGGAUCUGGGGGGUCAGGGUGCCCGGAUGCCACAUCCCACAGAUCAUCUCUCUGGGAUCUCUGGCCUGUUGUGCCCUCAUCUCCCUGCUCCUGCCCGCAGUGGAGCUUGUGCUCCUCUUCCUCCCUCUCUCCUCACUCGAGGAGGGGGUUUAGCCCCAUUUAAUUCGGGCGUCCAGCCCCCAGGGCCGCUGUAUGUGCCACCCACGAGUGUGGCAGAGGCAGCUCAAGCUCACACCCAAGAUGAGCGUUUAAGCCAGCCCCGUCUGCACAAAAUUGUUUUCCCUCCCUGUCCCCUGGGAUGUGCUUCAUUCCCAGGCCACAGAGGCCACCCUGCCCCAGCACAGGCACCUCCCUGUGCUCGGAUCCAGCCGGGGAUCCGUGUGCCAGAUGCUCGGUGCCAUUCCACAUUCCCGCAGCUGGGCUGCAAGCGCUGUCCCCAGGGCAGGGACUGUCCUGCCCGCAGCGCCGGUGGCUGUGGUGACAAUGAGCCCUGGGGAGCAGGAGCGGCUCCACAGCUGAACUGCGGUGUCACCACGGCCCCGCUGCCCCGGGACCUGCUGCUGUCCUGGGCAGGGCAGGGCAGGGCAGGGCACAGACAUGGGCUGGCUGCUGGCACCGGCCACGUGCCCCCAAAUCCCCGAGGAGAUGGAGCAGCACCCUCUGCAGCGCGGCUGUGACCUCCAGUUGCCCCAGUUUAACCAGUGCCUGUGGAACCCAGGCUCCCAGACUCAGCUUUACCCCACGGCAGGGGUAGAGGUGGCAGCAAAAGUGGCAGUGGCUUUGGCAAUCAGUCCCUGCCUCCAGUGAGGUAGGGGCAGUUUGGGGCAUUGCCACCAUUUCUGGUGUUGUGGUUCCGAUGCCCCCCUGUGCCUGGUUCAGCUCCUUCACCCUGCAAGGGGACAGGGACAGGGGGGUGCGUGCCCAACCCUCCUGCCAGGCUCCUGGCUGGGCUGUGCCUCAGGAUGGUGCCCUGUUUGUCCCCCUUGCUGCGCUGGUUGUUUCUUUUGCAGCUGCUAAUGACUGACCUGAGGUCUGUUCACACAGUCCCCUCGCUGCCUCCAUGGCACAGAGCCACGUGGAACAGGGGACAUUGCACAGCACUCCCGUAGCUGGUGACCACAGUGCCACCACCCCAGGGGCACGGCCCAGCUCCUGCCCUGACCGUGCCCAGAGGGGAGCCAGGCCCAGGAGCUGCCAUCACCACCAGAACAUGAUGCCAGAGCCGGGCUGGCCCCAGCAGAGCACCCUGGCACCCUCUGCCAUGGCGUGGAGCCACCAGCCCGGCCACUGCGGGGGACACGGCCCAGGAGCCUGCGGUGGUGACACCUGAGGACACGGGGCUGCGUGUGCACAUGGUUCUCCUGCAAGGUGCUGGGCUGUCCUUGCUUCCCUCUGCUCCCCCCAGGCCUGUCCCCUUCCCUGAGCACAGAGUAGGAGCAGGGAGUGGGGGCAGAGCAGUGCCAGCUCCUCAAGGUGACACGAUGGCCAGAGCCCAAAGGGGCUCUCUUUGUCCCCACUGAUCCUGCCCUUCCCUCUGGCUGAUGCUUGCUGAAACACCUGGUUUCUGGAGCACCCUGGAGCUUGGGGAGGAGCAAGGGCAGUGAAUCCUCCUGCCCUGGCCCCUGCAGUGGCCCUGUAAGCGGGUGGGACCUUGUCCUCACCAUGCAGCCACUCGGGCCCUUGUCCCCACCCAGGCAGAAGGACGGGGGUGCAGUGGGCUGGGGGCAGGCACAGCUCAUGGCAGGUGUUACAGCCUUGAAGUCCAAGCUGGAAAAGUGUCUCUUGGGGACCAGAGGAGCUCCUGCCAUGGGAGGAGGUGACCCAGAGGGACUCGGGGCAGAGGCUUUCCUGGGUGCCCCAUCCCAGCCCUGUUUCUCGGGGCACAGUGCUCCUGCAGCCCUUGGAGCAGUGCUCAGCCCCAUGGAGAGGCAGCUUCCAAAGGGGAUGGGAUAAGCUGUGGGUCACCUUUCCUCUGCUCCACGGUGGUUUUCCCUGCUGGAUCUCCUCCUCCCUGCAUGUGUAGUGGGAGCUUGGUCAGUCCUGGAGCAGCUGCUGUGGUCUGUGCUGGAGCCUUGCCCCAGACACUGCCAGUGAUUCUUUCACCCCCCAACCCCCUUCUCUGCUUCUUCCAGCUCCUUCAGAGUCCUUUAGGCACUGCUGGGGCUGUGUCCUCCAUGCAUCCUGUCUCUCACCUUUCCCAGCACCAGGGGUGGGAAGUACAUGUUGUGAGGGGCCUCCGGUACCUCCCUGGCAGGAUCAGAGGGGCAGAUGCCUGCUGAGCAUCUCUUUCAGACAGGUUCUGUUACACCAGCUAAACCCUCCACUAACACCUCCCCAAAUGCCAAAGCCCAAAAACGCCUCCUGCUCUUGUGAGCCAGAGCCCUGCUGCUGCUGGGCCUGGCUCUGCAUGCUGCCAACAUUAACCUACUAACCUGCUGGGACCCCUGUGCCCUCCCCGGGGCUGCCACGGCCCCUGGCACACGGACUAACCCACUAACCAGCCCAGCGCAUGCCCUACUAACCCACAGCAGCCCUGCCUCCUGCCCACUAACCACGGCAGCAGCGCUGCCUUUAAAGGGGAACAGAAAAGCUGGAAAAAGGCUUUGGAAGUGCCAGGCAUCAGUGCCAGGCUGCACAGGCAGGGAUAGGCAGGCACAGGCAGAGAGAGAGAGGACUGGCUGCCCAGCACUGGGCAGGAGUGGUGUUGGGCAGCUCCUGCCCCUGCAGGCAGCUCCUGUCCAGGGCAGGAGAGGGGAAUGCUGGUCCCUGGGCAGGAGAGGGGACAGCAGUCUCUGUCCUGGUCAGGAGAGGGGACAGCAGCCCCUGCCUCCAGGACACGAGGAGAGGGUUUCUCCCCACACGCCCUGCCCAGCUCUGCCUGUGGAGCCUGUUGCUGACUAGGAGCCUAAAACGGUUUUAUCAGCAGAAGCUUUUCAGUUCCUUUUUAAGCCAGUAGAUCUCUGUUACUAACACAUUCCUGAACUGAAUUAAACAAACUAACCAUU